UCAUUAAUUCUCCACUGGGCUCGAGAGAGAGUGUGUAUGAGUGUGUGAGUGUGUGUGUGGAGAGAGACUCGCGGAAGGACAGUGUGUUUUAUUUCACUGGAGUUAUUAAAGUGUGUUAUGGUCGGUUUAAUGCUGUCGCUGUUUGAGUCUUCAUCCACCCAAGAGUUGUUUAGAACGGUGGAGUCUCGCUUAAUGUCUCGCCAUCAAGCUUGUUAGCUAACGCCGCCGUGGACACUCUUAUUAAAAAGCGUUAACGUGCCGUACGUGAUGUAUUUGUGUCUGCUAAAGAGGAAGCAUGAUGGGCAGAGGUGGACUGAGUUCCGUGACCCUGUGUGUGGACGGGAUGACAUGCGGCUCCUGUGUCCAGACCAUAGAAAAACAGAUUGGGGGACUGCCAGGUGUAAUCCACAUAGAGGUGUCCUUGGAGCACAAGAAUGCCACAGUGAUAUUUGACCAAGCACAUCACACUCCAAAAUCUUUAGCAGAGGCCAUUGAAGACAUGGGCUUCGAGUCUAGUGCACCAAACACUACUCCGACCACAGAUGUUCAAACAGAAACGAGAUUGUUUCCUGUCAGCAGCUCUAGCGUGGAAUCUGUCUCUCAGCUCCGCCAGCUCAAGGGUGUACUGGAGGCCAAGGAGAACGGAGAAGGCAGGAACCUUGCUGUCACUUUUGUCCCGUCACUUGUGAGCGUCGAGAGAAUGCAGGAAAUCCUGAAAACAAUAUCCAGCUCUGGCAACACUUCCACAGAUCAAGCAGGUUCCCGUAGUUCUGGUAGUGUGGAGUUGCUGAAGCUGCGCAUCGAGGGCAUGACCUGUCUGUCCUGCACCACCACCAUUGAGGGCAAGAUUGGGAAGUUAAAAGGGGUUCAGAAGAUUAAAGUAAAUCUGGAGUCCCAGGAAGCCUCAGUGUCGUACUUCCCUUACCUCAUCACUGUGGAUGAGAUUGUGAACCAGAUUGGCGUAGCAGGCUUCAAGGCCUCUGUGAAGUCCAAGCCUCGUAAGUUACAGCUCUCUUCAUUGGAUCGGCUACUUAACACCUCACAAUCCACGCAUUCUUCUCCAGAGGGGAGCACCAACAUGGAGGCUGUGGACUUCACCACCUCAAUCACCACAAUAAUAGACGUUACAGGAAUGCAUUGUAACUCAUGUGUGGUGAACAUCCAAGACAAUAUAGGCAAGCAGGCAGGGGUCAGCUCAGUGCAGGUCUCCUUGGAGAAAGGACAAGCUGUAAUCCAGCACAAUCCAAAUGUUGUUACGUCUCUAGAUCUACAGAGGGCCAUUCAAGCACUACCACCAGGGAAAUUUAAGACCCAGUUAGCUUUGCGCGAGGCUGUAUCACCAGCUUCUCCCUCAGAACAAUCCCUUGCAACGUCCUCUAGCUUCUUGCAACCGCUGGACUCUGUAGUUCAAAUCCACAUCGAGGGAAUGACCUGUAAAUCGUGCGUGCAGACCAUCGAGGGCACCAUCUCCCAGAGAAAAGGUGUGAGGUCUGCACAAGUGUCCCUGGCUAACCAUCAGGGUACGUUUGUAUACGAUCCACUGAUCACCACAUCGGAAGAACUGCGAGAAGCAAUUGAGGAUAUGGGCUUCGAUGCAUUUCUGCCUGAAACGAAUUCGUUGGUGCCGCCAGAAGCGAAAAGUCCUCCAUCUGUAAGGAAACCUGCUUCAUCCCCUGCGCUCUCCACCAAAAAGGAGAAGGACGAGGAGAUCGAUGCCAAGUCAGCGACAAACACACAUUCCAAAUGUUUCAUCCAGAUCGGCGGGAUGACCUGCGCCUCAUGCGUAGCCAACAUUGAAAGGAACCUCAAAAACGAAACUGGUAUCCACUCUGUGUUGGUGGCUCUGAUGGCUAGUAAAGCAGAAGUACGCUAUAACCCUAGUGUCAUCGACCCACUGAGGAUAGCGGAGUGCAUCAAAGAGCUGGGCUUCACUGCCUCCGUUCUGGAGAACUACGACGGCUCCAAUGGCACCCUUGAGCUUGUGGUCAGAGGGAUGACGUGCGCCUCAUGUGUUCACAAAAUCGAGUCUAGCCUAAUGAAACAGAAAGGCAUCGUCUAUGCUUCUGUGGCUUUGGCAACAAACAAAGCCCACGUCAAAUACGACCCAGAGGUAACAGGACCUCGGGACAUAAUGAGAUUGAUUGAGAAUUUGGGUUUUGAAGCCUCUCUUGUGAAGAAAGAUCGUCCAGGGAAUCAUCUGGAUCAUAGCAGAGAGAUACAGCAAUGGAGGAGGUCUUUCCUCAUCAGCCUGGUGUUCUGUGUCCCUGUUAUGGGCAUGAUGAUCUACAUGAUGGUGGUGGACCACCAGAUCCAGGAGACGCACCAUCACAACGCCACACCAGAGGACAGACAGAUGUACCACUCCAGCAUGUUCUUGGAGAAACAGCUUCUCCCUGGCCUGUCCAUCAUGAACCUGCUCUCCUUCCUCUUUUGUCUGCCUGUGCAGUUCAUCGGAGGCCGUUACUUCUACACCCAAGCAUACAAAGCGCUGAAGCACCGGACUACCAACAUGGACGUGCUGAUAGUCCUGGCUACUUCUAUAGCCUUCACCUACUCUGUGGUUAUUCUGACAGUGGCCAUGAUAGAGAAGGCAAAGCGAAACCCCAUCACCUUCUUUGAUACACCACCGAUGCUCUUUGUUUUCAUCGCUCUGGGAAGGUGGUUGGAGCAAAUUGCUAAGAGUAAAACAUCAGAGGCUCUGUCCAAGCUGAUGUCCUUACAAGCGACCGAGGCCACUGUUGUUACUCUGAAUGAGGAAACAAUGACCGUACUGAGCGAAGAGCAGGUGGAUGUGGAGCUGGUGCAGAGGGGUGAUAUAGUGAAAGUGGUUCCUGGAGGAAAGUUCCCGGUAGAUGGGAGAGUAAUCGAAGGGCAUUCCAUGGCAGACGAGUCACUCAUCACAGGUGAAGCCAUGCCUGUGACGAAGAAGCCAGGAAGCACAGUGAUCGCAGGCUCCAUCAACCAGAACGGCUCACUGCUGAUCCGAGCCACGCACGUCGGCACGGACACUACGCUCUCCCAGAUAGUCAAACUAGUGGAGGAGGCACAGACCUCAAAGGCUCCCAUUCAGCAGUUUGCAGAUAAGAUCAGCGGCUACUUCGUCCCCUUUAUUGUGGCCGUCUCUGUGCUCACGCUCAUUGCCUGGAUUGUGGUUGGAUUUGUAGACUUUUCUGUGGUGAAGAAAUACUUCCCAGAUUAUGAUAGGAGUGUGUCUGAAGCGGAGGCGAUCAUCCGCUUCGCCUUUCAGGCCUCCAUUACUGUGCUUUGCAUCGCCUGUCCUUGCUCUCUUGGCCUGGCAACCCCUACAGCAGUGAUGGUAGGCACAGGAGUAGGGGCACAGAACGGUAUCCUAAUUAAAGGCGGGGAACCUCUUGAGACGGCACACAAGAUUCAGUCUGUAGUUUUUGAUAAAACGGGCACCAUCACCUAUGGAACUCCCAAAGUGGUGCAGGUGAAGAUGGUGGUGGAGGGGAACCAAAUAGCUCGCUCCAAAUUGCUAGCGAUUGUGGGAACGGCGGAGAACAACAGCGAGCAUCCGCUAGGGGCCGCAAUCACCCGCUUCUGUAAACAGGAGCUGGGCACAGAGUCGCUGGGCACUUGUACUGAUUUCCAAGCUGUACCAGGUUGUGGGAUUAAGUGUCAGGUUAGCAACACGGAGAGCCUGCUGAAGAGAGAGGACAGUGACGGCGAGGAGAAUGAACGCAACGCCAUCCUUGUGCAGAUCAGCGACCCCAGAGCCAGUUCCAACUCCCAUCCGCUCAUCAUGGACCCAGAACCACUGACUUUAGUGCAGUCAGCCUCUUACACAGUCCUGAUCGGGAACAGGGAGUGGAUGAGACGCAACGCCCUACACAUACAGCCCGAUGUGGACGAUGCCAUGAUUGAACAUGAGAGGAGGGGGCGGACUGCUGUACUUGUGGCUGUGGAUGAUGUGCUGUGUGCCAUGGUUGCCAUAGCUGACACAGUGAAGCCAGAAGCUGAGCUGGCUGUACACACACUCACCUCUAUGGGCUUGGAGGUGGUGCUGAUGACUGGCGACAACAACAAGACAGCACGAGCCAUUGCAGCACAGGUUGGCAUCAAGAAGGUGUUUGCUGAGGUUUUGCCCUCUCACAAGGUGGCAAAAGUGGAGCAGCUGCAGCUGGCAGGGAAACGCGUGGCCAUGGUGGGAGACGGCGUGAACGACUCGCCAGCUUUGGCUAAGGCAGAUGUGGGCAUUGCCAUUGGCACGGGCACUGACGUGGCUAUUGAAGCAGCAGAUGUGGUGCUCAUCAGGAAUGAUCUCCUGGAUGUUGUUGGGAGCAUUGACUUGUCAAAGAAGACGGUCAGAAGGAUCCGUAUUAACUUUGUAUUUGCACUAAUCUACAAUCUUGUGGGAAUUCCUAUUGCAGCUGGUAUGUUCAUGCCUAUAGGACUGGUGCUUCAGCCAUGGAUGGGUUCUGCUGCUAUGGCUGCUUCUUCUGUGUCUGUGGUCCUCUCCUCUCUUUUACUCAAAUGUUACACUAAGCCCAGUGCCGAGAAGCUGGAGCAACAGAUAUUAGGGCAGCGUAAACUGGGCAGUCUUUCAGACGUCAGCGUUCACAUCGGCAUGGGCGAACUGCGCCGGCCCUCACCCAAACUCAGCUUACUCGACCGGAUUGUCAACUAUAGCCGAGCCUCUAUCAACUCCCUUCGCUCAGACAAGCACUCGCUCAACAGCAUGGCCUUGAGUGAACCCGACAAACACUCGCUGCUCGUAGCUGGAGCUCAUUGCGAUGAGGAAAUUGUCUAAUGGGGCGUCAUCAGGAGAAAUGUGACUCCUUAACACACCUCAGUGCCUGUAGCAUGGAGAAGAGGAACCAAAGUGUGAUCUCACACACACACAGAGGCACGCACCAGUUUUGCAUGACUUAAAGCUGCUGUGUGGCGUCUUCUCACUGGAAGUCCAUGCUCCAUGUCUCUACUGCACCCUUGUGUGUAGCCAAUUAAGCUUGGAGCCAAAAUCGUUAGGAAAAGUAUGAACUCUAACAGAGAUAUGAUCACGUGGCUGUGUGUGUGUUUUUUGGGAGUUUCUUUUUUUAAGCUGACAAUCUAUCUGACAGCCCAAAGAAUUUUGGACGUGCGGCAUUUUAUUUCUGUGACAAGCGUGCUGACUUUUAAGUCUUUAAUUAAAUAUUUAUAAUGUCAUUUAUUUAUACUCUAUAAUGUAGGAAAUGUAACAAAGGCAGGUAGAGAUAUAAUUUUAUUUAUCCAAAUAUUUUCCACGUACAAUUUUGCCUUGGAUCAAGCAAGUGUACUUUAGUCACAUUUACCAUGUUCAGUGUUCACAUGCUCAACACUCACAUUUCGAUAGCCCUGGUGCUGCUUUUCACCAACUCCUCUAGUUUUUGUUUCGGGGCUCGAAUAUUGAUAAUAUAGAACACAUUCCGGAGAAGGUGUUUGACCUCUUACCUCUUAGUAAAAAAAAUGAAAAACCGUGAGUGAAAAAUGCUGAAUUAGUAAGCAUGGACAAAAAACAGAUCCUGCAGGCUUCCUCCGUCAUAACACUUCCUUGAUAUAGCAGCUUUCUUUCUUUCUUUUUUUUUUUUUUUUUAAAUACAGAUGUUACUAAUGAGCAAGGUGGACACCUAACCCUAGGUGGACAUUCAAGCACUUGCUGAAAUUAUUAGAAGAAAAAUGAAAUCAUAUUUGCUAUUUAUUAUCAUUAUUAUUUUUUUUUAGGUAUGCCUUGAUAGCUGAUAUUGAUAGCGCAACCGAGUCACUGGAAAUUCGAAGAGUUUCUGUCACUCUUAUUGUUUCUUAUUUGUAAGGUUUUCUACACUUUUGUUUUCCCUGUGUUGUCCCUGUAGAUGAAUGAUUUUAGUAGAUUUGAUUUCACACUUUAAAUCACUCACUGAUCACACUACAGUCAUUGGCUAGAAAGGAAAUGAUGCUCAGUGUAAGCUAAUCGCAUUAAGGUUCUGUUGUGGUGGAUAUACCGUGGUCACGGUCAGCUGACAGUUUGGGGGGGGGGGGGUCAUCUAUGUUGGAGAAAACAAUGACACACCUUUUAAAACAUUGCUUGAUGGACAUAAAGAUAGCGGCAGCUGUUUAGCACGGGUUUCUUAAAUCGGGGAAGGGGUUCACAUAAUUAAUAAUAUUAAUUAAUCAGUAAUACUUAUUCAGUGUGUUAUAUACAAUAAUGACACGCAUGCAAUUUCUAAUUUGAGAGACCACAAUUUCAUGAUGGAGAAUAACGCUGAUAAUGAGUAACUUCAUGCUGUUAUUCAUUCAUUAUGUUGAGCCAUGUGGUCUGUUGUGGUUUUUUGUUUUUCUCUCUCUCUCAGAUUUUUCCUCCACUCAGUGAAGGAUGUCUAUGGUUUUAAAGUUGCACAUCAGAAGUUACAGCAAACCGCUAAUAUUAGCCAUCGGGAUGGGGGGGGAAUUGGAAAUAGUUUAUAAUCACACAGUGGAGAAGUUUAAAAAGUCUGAAAGUAUCCAGUUUCCGUGCCAACAUUAUAGCAGAGGUUUAAAAAGAAGUCACCUUUAUUAUCAUUAUGUAUGUGUGUAUAUAUAUAUAUAUAUAUAUAUAUAUAUAUAUAUAUAUAUAUAUAUAUAUAUAUAUAUAUAUAUAUAUAUAUAUAUUGAUCAAUGAAGUGAAUUAGCCAGGCCUUCAGUGCUACAUGACACUUUAAAUAAGGCGCUUGAGCGAGUUGAGACAAGUACACAAAAGCAAAAAUGAAGUACUUCAUUACAGAAUGAAUUGUAUGAUUCUGAGUUUUGUUUUCCGUACACAAAGACCCCUUGUGAAUUCAUAAAAAAAAAAUAAAGAUCUAAAAUUUUAGAUUUGUUAAGUUUCGCCUUUUUGGCGAAAAAUUAACUUAUGUAAGUUGUGUAGCGACGGUAGAGGGGACAUUGUGUUACUGUGCCUUUCUUUUUUUUUUAUAUACGAUUGCUAUUCUGAAGGAUAUUCGAGGCCCCAGUGGAGCAAAUAAACUGGAAUGUGCAAUCAAUGCCUUUAUUAGUUCACAAUGUUUUCACUGCACUGAGCUGCUGUAUUUAUUGCUCUUCUUGCCAGGUGUUCUGUAUAUUAAAGUCUGUUUGAAGCUGUGAUUGAAUGUGAUGUAUAAAACUCAGAUUUGGCAUAUUUUGUGGUUGUUACGCAACAGAAUAUAUCAAUAAACUACAGCUUGUGAGCUCCAUUUUAUUUCCAAAAA